AUGAUUUUUGUUUUCCUUCCUUCUUUCACUGCUGAGAAAAACCACAGGCAGUCGAAAUACUGCUGUAACCAUCGAACACCACGAAGAACCACUUUUUCCUCACCAUUCUUACCGAUAAACAAUAACUCAAACCACGUGCCAUCUACAAGAUCGCCACAACUCCCUUUCGCUGUUACUGUCGGUGACGCGAGACCCACAACGAACAGUCGGGAACACCGGCUGCCACCGUUGUUCUCAGCCCAUCUCGCUGCCCACAAUUACAUUUUUUUUCGUUUCCUUCGUUGUAUAUCAUCGGGAAAUUAG